ACUUUAGAGCGAGAAACGAAGAAGAGAGGAAAGGGAAAAAAAAAAAUCCAGGAGAGAGAAACAAAGCGCGGAGAGAGAGAGAGAGAGAGAAGGGGGGUGUAGGGUUUGAGCUCAAUUGGACGACGUUAAUGGCAGCUAGGGUUUCCCACUGAGAAGAAAAAGCCCUCUUCUUUCAUCCCCUCUAUUGCGCCCUAGAAUCCUCGAUUUCCUUUCGAUUCGUAGCUCUGGCGAUGGGCGCGCAGGGGAAGCUCUCGAAUUCUUCGAAUUCCAUGCAGCGUGUUAAGGUUUACCGUCUGAAUGAAGAUGGAAAAUGGGAGGACCAAGGAACAGGGCACGUCAGCGUUGAUUAUUUGGAGAGGUCAGAGGAACUUGGUUUACUUGUCAUUGAUGAAGAAGAGAAUGAUGCCAUACUUGUACAUCGCAUUUCCUCAGAAGAUAUUUACAGAAGGCAAGAAGACACAAUCAUCUCUUGGAGAGAUCUAGAGCUUUCAACUGAAUUGGCCCUUAGCUUUCAAGAAGCCUCAGGAUGCUCCUACAUUUGGGAUCACAUAUGUGGAGUACAGAGAAACCUGCAUUUUAAUACCCUUGGAAGUCUUGAUGUUGCUCGUUCUUCGUCAAUGGAAGCUAUUGAAGCUGCGGGUUCCUUGCAAUCAAAUGAUGAAUCAUUUCAUGGAGUUAACAAUGAACUACGGGAGCUUCCACCUGUUGAGCUAUCCGCUCUCCCUUUGAUAUUAAAGGUAAUUCAUUUUUGUUUGCAGAAUGUGGUAGAAUGUGGUAUUACAGAUCAAAUGCGUGCCGCAGAGCUAAUUUUGCAAGAUCAAGAAUUUUUCACGAAGCUUAUGAACCUAUUUAGGAUGUGUGAAGACUUGGAAAACAUGGAGGACCUUCAUAUGAUAUUCAGAUUGGUUAGAGGGAUAAUUUUACUUAACAACCCACAGAUCUUUGAUAAAAUUUUUGGGGAGGAGUAUAUUUUGGAUAUUAUUGGUUGCCUUGAGUAUGAUCCGGAUGUCCCUAGUGUUCAACAUCAUCGUGCUUUUCUGAAGGAGCAUGUGGUUUUCAAGGAGGCCAUCCCCAUCAAAGAUUCUUCAGUACUGUCAAAGAUACAUCAAACAUAUAGACUUGGUUAUAUAAAGGAUGUGAUUUUACCAAGAGUAUUGGAUGAAGCAACAAUGACAAGUCUUAAUUCCAUUAUCCAUGCAAAUAAUGGUGUUGUUAUUCAAUUGUUAAAGGACGACACAUCGUUUAUCCAAGAACUAUUUGCAAGGAUGCGAUCAUCCUCCACUUCUCCAGAAUCCAAAAGGAAUUUGGUUUUAUUCUUGCACGAGUUUUGUUCGCUAAGUAAGAGCUUGCAAUUGGUCCAACAAUUACGGUUGUUUCGGGAUCUUGCAAGUGAAGGGAUAUUUGACAUCAUAACUGACAUGUUGCAGAGCCAGGAUAUAAAGCUUUUAACUACGGGGACAGAAAUACUCAUCCUUUUUCUUAAUCAAGACCCAAACCUUUUGAGAUCAUACGUUAUUCAACAAGAAGGGAAUUCCCUUCUUAGAUUUUUGGUCAAAGGUAUGAUAACUGAUUUUGGGGAGGACAUGCAUUGUCAGUUUCUGGAAAUCAUUCGCAUACUGGUUGACUCAUAUACGAUGACUGGGUCACAGAAGGACACAAUUAUAGAGAUUUUUUAUGAACGGCAUCUAAACGAACUGGUUGAUGUGAUAGCAUCAUCUUGUCCUCCAAAAAGUCGUUCUCAAGCUGUUAGAAAAUCAUCUGGUUCGGGUUCAAGAGACAGAUCUGCUGCUGCACCAAAACCUGAAAUUAUAUCUAACAUCUGUGAGCUUCUGUGUUUUUGUGUGCUCCAUCAUCCUUACAAGAUAAAGUGCAAUUUUCUUAUGAAUAAUGCUAUUGAGAAGGUCCUCUAUUUAACUCGCCGUAGAGAAAAGUUUUUGGUUGUGGCAGCUGUUCGUUUUAUGCGAACUAUUAUCUCUCGCAAUGAUGAGCAUCUGAUUCGCCACAUUGUGAAAAACAAUCUUUUAAAACCAGUAAUUGAGGCUUUUGUUGAGAAUGGCAACCGUUACAAUAUGCUGCAUUCAGGAGUACUUGAACUCAUCGAAUACAUUCGCAAGGAGAACAUUAAACCUCUUAUCCUAUACAUAGUUAAUUCUUUCUGGGAACAACUACUGAAAUUUGAGCGUUUAGACUCGAUUCAUGGUUUAAAACUCAAAUAUGAGCAGUCACUUGAGCCUUGUGAGACAAAGAAUGCCGUUAACAUAGUGGACUGCAGAAAAAGAAUUGAUGAGCGGGCCCUUGAGAAAGAGGAAGAAGAUUACUUCAACGAGGACAGCGAUGAAGAAGACUCUGCUUCUGCUCAUACUCAGAACCAUGGUGCAUCCCCAAAUUUGCCUAAUGGAACUAAAGUUGCGCACUCAUCUGUUAGGCCUGGAUCUGGUGGGCUAGUUGACUAUGACGAUGAUGAAGAUGAUGAAGAUUAUAACCCGCCAACAAGGAAACCUGAGUCUGCUACAGAGGGUGAGAAAGCAACAGACUCUUCAAGCAAGUUGAAACGCAGGACUCCUGACAGCAAAAGUGAAGAGUCUGAGCUGAGUAAGAAAAACAGGCUUGAGCAACAAUCUGAGGAUGGUAAGGUUGCUGUUGUCAGUGACUUGCCCAGUAGAGACACAGCUGCUCCUCCAGCUGAAGAUACAGGUGGUCACUCAAAUGACAUCAGUACCGAGAAGGAAACUACAGCUGGAGAAAGUUCAACUAAAUGCCUCACUAACAGUACAGAUUCUAGACAGACAAGUGGAGACAAUUGUCAGUCAACACCAAUCAGCAAUUCUUCCCAAGAGAUGACAGUUAAUGGUAAUAAUAAUGCUGGUUCAGAGCCCUAUCCAGUACGAUGAUACCAGUAUUUUUUGUUUCCAUUACUGUUCAUAGUGUCAAUCAAUUUUCGAAGAAGUGGAAAAGAUAAAUACAGUGGUUAUUUCUCGCUCCUCAGAGGAGAUGCUGAUACCACGACCGGGUGCCAAUAUAGUUUUAAUCAUCACCUGGCGAUGAAGUGACAAUUUUGGUUUCAGCUCUCAAAUUGGCCUGGCAUGCCCCUGAAUGGGAUUAUAUGUACAAGUUGUCGAGUAAUGCUGCCACAUAUUGACAUUGGUAUUUCUUUGGUAAAGCAUUAAUUAGCCCUUGUUUGUGGGUUAAGGACAAGUGCAUUAUUUUGUACCUUUUUCUAAAGUUUUCUUCCCUUAAAAAAUUUUGUGUUUGCUGUUGUUGGCCGUAGUAAGUUAUAUGUUGUAAAAGCAUUAGAGGAAUUAGUUAUCCUCCUUGUAAGAAGAAAUGGCAAAGUGUGGGAUAUCUCAUUUCAAAGGCAAUGUAACCUGUUCAUAGACUCCAGAUGCCAUAGCCCUUGGGAGAUAGUUGAUUUUUUUUUUUUCCA